GCCACAUUUUCAUUCGCCAUUAAUCCACCUUGCAAGAAAAGCUUUGAGAAAAGCAAGCAGAAGAAACCGGCACGUGCCAGGGACCAAACCCAUUACCCACACGAGCGACGGUAGGAAUCUUGAUGAAUCUCCUCCUCCUCCUCCAUUGUCGCCUCGCUCUCUCCUUCGCCGAUUCUCUCCUCUCCACUCCAAAUCUGCCUUCUUUCCUCUUGCUUCGCCGUUUCCUCUUGUGGCCGCUUCGCUAGAAACGGAUUGUACUACUCGGCGUCCAUCACAAGAUCAAAACUUUUUGCGCUCCAAGUGAUUACGGUUCUCGUAUUCGGUUCCGAAGUGAAGAAGAUUCUUUGAAGGGGGGAAAUGUCUUCUCCAAGCAAAAGAAGAGACAUGGAUGUCAUGAAACUGAUGAUGAGUGACUACACGGUGGAAACAAUCAAUGAUGGGAUUAAUGAAUUCAACGUGGAGUUCCAUGGCCCAAAAGAAAGUAAUGUUUUCUUCAAUAUGCUAAUGUUUAUAUGGACAUUGCAUCUUGGUGUUUCUUUUCAGAAACAAACCCACCACUUCCUCAGGCCUUUAUGAAGGUGGUGUUUGGAAAGUUCGAGUGGAGUUACCAGAUGCAUAUCCAUACAAAUCUCCUUCUAUCGGGUUCCUCAAUAAAAUAUACCACCCCAAUGUUGAUGAGAUGUCAGGUUCUGUUUGCUUGGAUGUCAUCAACCAAUCAUGGAGUCCAAUGUUUGAUCUUUUGAAUGUGUUUGAGGUUUUUCUUCCACAGCUACUGCUCUACCCAAACCCUGGGGACCCACUAAAUGCUGACGCAGCUGCACUUAUGAUGAAUGAUAAAAAGCAGUAUGAAGAAAGGGUAAAAGAGUACUGUGAACGAUAUGCAAAGAAGUCGAACACCAUUAAAGCUCCAAACGAGGAGAGUGACGAUGAAGAGAUAAGCGAGGAUGAAGAUAGUGACAGGCACAGCACAUUUAGUGAAGACAAUGUUGCUGGUGAUGCUGAUCCCUGAAUCGAUGUAGCAAAUCUAUUGCAUAUUCUUCCCAGUGAUCAUAUCACGUUAGUAUCUUCUUUAUACCCGAAUACUCAAUUAUUCAUUCGAAAUUGCAUGUAGAUUGGUUGAAGGAUUGAAGGAGAAGAGUGUAACAUCAGGGUUACCAUUGUGUUUCAUGGGAAUCUGAUAAUUUACCAGGCACAGUGAUGUACUGGGAAUUAAGAAGGACAACAAAAAUCACAAUAAAUGAGGAAAACUUAUGUUUCUGUACUGUGGUCUAGAAUCCAAAAUUAUGGGGGAAACUUGUAUGCUUUGGUGCAUUGAUUAAUAGCAUGCCCUUGAGGCCUUUCCAGAUAGGUUGUUAUUUACUGCCCUGCAAAGUUAAGCUUGAACCGAUCCAUUUGUGGCUAGAAUCACUAAAUGACAUGAAACUGUUGGGAU